AUGACUGACCAAGGAUAUGUGGCUUUAGAAUUUGAUUGCGGAUCCCUGACUUAUGAUGCAAAAGGUGUAGCAAGCUACUUGAAAAAGAGCAAGGAGUAUUUCCAACACCAACUGUUAGAGAUCGGGGAACAACCGGACUUAUCGAGAUUUUCCCAGGAACAGCAAAAGGCAUUACUCUGCUGGGAUGAAGUUGGCCAACACAUCCGCGAGACGUGUAGCAAAAAUGUGCGCGAAGUGUUUCUCGACAAGAUGCUACGAUACGUAGCUAGCGUUGACACAAUUGACUCCAUUUUCCAGGAAGGAAAGGUCCCUUCGUUAGCAGAAUACUGGCAGAGGCGAGAUCUUACGGCAGGGGUUUAUCCGGUGCUGGCCACUCUCCCUUUCGCCUACGAUAUUGAUAUCUCGAUGGAACACUUGAAAGAUCCAGCAUUUGCGGCUUUGUGGAGACAGACAUCAUAUGUUGUCCAUAUCACAAACGACAUGCUAUCUAUGCGAAAGGAAGCAAGAGACAACCAAAUUGAGAACCUUAUCCCUGUCAUUAUGAUGAACUAUGGGCUGGACUGCGACACAGCAAUGCAAACUAGCUUCCAAAUGGCAAAAGAUGAAGUCAAAGGUAUACGUGUGGUAGAACGCAUGUUCCAAAAGGGAGGCGAAAAUAAUAAUCUUGAAAUACCCGAAAGCCUCGCCGUCUCCUUUACUAAAGGGUGCAAGGACGUUUGCAUGGGACUGAUUCAUUGGAGGUAA